CAAAGAAUUAUCUUGUCCUUGAUUUGGAAGAACAUCUCAUUCUGAUUUCAUUUCCGAGUUCAUUCAACAUUCUUGUCUCGUAUUCUUGUGCUUCCAUUCUUCCAUUUCCCAUCAUCAUUCAUUCUCUUGACACCAAAAUCACAGCCAUUCAAUUGAUUGCAUAUGCAACAAUCCAACAUAUAUCGUCAUAUCGAAGAUCCUUGCCUCUCGAUUAUUCCCUUGGGCCUAUCCCAUCCCAUCCAUAUUUCAUCCCAAUUGAAAAAAAUUCUUGAUUCGUCCCCAGUUAUCACCUCCAGAAAUUAAAUCAAGGACCUCAGACAAGGGUUCUUGGUCCAAGCUUGCGAAACAAAAAGUAUCCUGGUCGUCCAUCACUUUGGUCUCAGUCCUGGCUCUUUUUAUUUCCUUCUUUCCCCCAGUCGCAUCCUCGAUUUCCGUCCCUUCUCUUUUCCCUUUCGAACGUCGACUUUCCUCUCCCUUAUUUUUGCUCGCAUGAGCAGGAAUAAUCUUCAUUAAUUAUCAUCCUCGAAAUCAAAAUCAAUUGCGUGCGUCAUUCCACGAUAUCGUGAAGAUAUCACUUGGUAAUCAUGGCCAAUGAUACCAGUAGUGGUGGAUCCAGUUUAUCGGGUUUGGUAGCGACUUUGGUACCGACCUUCAUUGUGGCUGCCGUGUACUUUGUCAUCUUCUUGAUCUUGCGCAGAUCCAACGUACGAUGGUACGCUCCGAGAACGUAUCUGGGUGCAUUGCGCGAGGAAGAACGAACGAAACCCCUUCCAUCAGGAUGGUUCAAUUGGAUUGGUCCUUUUCGCAAAAUUCCAGAUAUUUAUGCCCUUCAACAUCAAGGUCUCGAUGCCUAUUUGUUUCUUCGAUUUUUGCGCAUGACGGUGGUCAUUAUGUUUGUGGGUUGCUGUAUCACAUGGCCAGUUCUGUUCCCCAUCAAUGCGACGGGCGGAGGUGGAGCAAAACAACUGGAUAUGCUCUCUAUGGGUAAUAUAGAUAGUUCUACAUCGGCUGGAAGAGAUCGAUACUAUGCUACUUGUUUUAUUGGGUGGAUUUUCUUUGGAUUUGUUCUUUUCCUUGUUACAAGAGAAACUAUCUAUUACGUCAACCUUCGACAAGCUUUCUUACUCAACCCAACUUUCGCAAAUCGCAUCUCUUCAAGAACAGUUCUCUUCAUCUCUGUUCCUGCACCAUAUCUCGAGGAAAGCAAACUUCGAAAAGUCUUUGGAAGUGCAGUACGUAACAUUUGGAUCGCUGCAGAUUCCGGAAAGGUGGAGGAACUGGUUGAGAAGCGUGAUGAAAUCGCCAACAAACUUGAAAGUGCAGAGGUCAAACUUAUCAAGACAGCAAAUGGCGAAAGACUCAAGGCAAUCAAGAAUGGGGCGAGUCAAGAAGAACAACCCGUCAUAGAAGAUAAUGGUGAAUCGGGAUCAUUGGCCUCGAGAUGGUUGCCUCAAAAGAAGCGUCCCACACACAAGCUUGGCAAAUUUGGUCUCUAUGGAAAGAAGGUCGAUACAAUCAACUGGGCUCGAAGUGAAUUGGAAACUCUCAUCCCGGAAACCGAAUCCGCUCAAAGUACUUAUUUGGCUGGAGAGACUAAGAAGGUUGGAUCGGUAUUCAUCGAAUUCGCUCACCAAUCGGACGCUCAAAUCGCAUUUCAAACUCUCGCUCAUCACCAGGCCCUUCAAAUGUCUCCUAGAUAUAUCGUCAUCUGGAAAUCUUUGACCAUCUCAUGGUGGCAAAGAGUUGUUCGUAGAUUUGCUGUGGUUGGAUUCAUCGCUGCUCUGAUCGUUUUCUGGGCUAUUCCAGUCGCGGCUGUUGGUCUUAUUUCAAACGUCUCAUACCUCGAACAAUUUAGCUGGCUUUCGUGGUUGAAAGCAGUUCCAAAUUGGAUUAUGGGUGUCAUCUCUGGUCUCUUGCCUUCUGUCGCUCUCUCGAUCCUCAUGUCACUUGUUCCUAUUAUCAUGAGACUUUGCGCAAGACUCUCCGGUGAACCAACUACUGCACGCGUAGAACUCUUUACUCAAAACGCAUACUUUGCCUUCCAAGUCAUUCAAGUUUUCUUGGUUGUCACUAUCGCAUCAUCGGCAUCAUCGGUUUUGUAUCAGCUCAUCAACAGUCCAACUGGAAUUCUUUCCCUUCUUGCGAAUAAAUUGCCCAGUGCUUCCAACUUUUACAUCUCAUACUUUAUUGUUCAAGGUUUGACUGUGGCCGCUGGAGUCAUUUCUCAAGUUGUUGGAUUCUUUGUUUUCAAGAUUCUCUACAAGUUCUUGGCCACUACUCCACGAAAGAUGUAUCAAAAAUGGACUAGCUUGAGUGCCAUCUCAUGGGGUAGCACUCUUCCAGUUUUCACUAACAUUGCUGUCAUUGGUAUUACUUACUCAUGUAUCGCGCCACUUGUGAUGGGUUUCGCGACUAUUGGUAUGAGUUUGUUCUAUCUCGCUUACAGAUACAAUAUCCUCUUCGUCACCGAUACUCAAAUCGAUACCAAGGGUCUUAUUUAUCCACGUGCUCUCCAACAACUUCUCACCGGUGUCUACCUUUCGGAGCUUUGUUUGAUUGGUCUUUUCGCCAUUGGUAAAGCAUGGCCACAAAUGGUCCUCAUGAUCAUAUUCCUCAUUUUCACAGCUUUAUACCACAUUUCUCUCAACGCAGCCAUGGGCCCACUUCUGCACACCCUCCCCAAAACUCUCGAGGCCGAAGAGGAAUCUAUCCGCGGCGAGCUCGAAGCCGGUAUGAGCGGUAGCCCCACAGUCUCCCACGAGAAACAUAACGAGAAAAACGGAUCCAGCGACCUGAGUCCUCACUCCAAGCCCCAAGGCGGUAUUUUUGCUAAAUUCUUUAAACCCCAUAUCCAUUGCGAUUACGCUAGCAUGCGCAAGCUUGUUCCUCACGGUAAUCUCGAUCCCGAAAAUCUCUACGAUGAUGUGACUGCUCGGAAUGCAUACUUUCCUCCCGCUAUUGUCUCCGAGGCACCACUUUUAUGGAUCCCGAGAGAUCAGGCUGGAAUCAGUGCUCAGGAAGUGGCUCACACGAGUAAGGUUAUUCCAAUUACCGAUGAGGGAUGUACGCUUGAUGAGAAGAAUAAGUUGGUUUGGGAUGUUGAGGGAGCGAGACCACCACUUUGGCAACCAAAGAUUUUCUAUUAGGCUAUGCAUGGAUAGAUGGAAGGGAAGGGAAUGGAAAUAUGGAAGAAUAUUGAUAAUAGAUCUUUCAGGAUCUGAAUUUCAUGAAAUGAGAUUGGAUGCGAUGAGUUGAGAUGUUUUUUAUACCCCGGGAAAUCGAACGGAACGGAACGGAACGGAACGAUGAAUAAAUAAAUAGAUGGAUGAGGACGGAGUUGGUAGUUUUUACCAUACUCUUUAAUGUUUUCUACUUUAAUUUGGUGGAGGUUGGGAUGGAUCUGUGGAUGUGUGGAUAUCUGGAUGAAAAGAAAGAAGAUGUGUUUUUCUGAUAUCUGGAAUCUGGAAUCUGGAAUCUUUGAGUCUUCGAAUCUUGAGAUUGCGUAAGGGAGUAAGAGGUAGAUGGUUAGAUACCCCAAGGUCUGAAACUAAAAAAUAAUUGUUUAUAAAUUCUUGGGGGUGUAAUGAAUGAGAUGUGGUGUGAUGUAAUGUGGCCAAGCGGUGUGAUUGAUGGAUCAUUUUGUCGUUGAGCCUUUGUAAAAUUUGUAUUACAUUACAUGUUCAUAACUAUGUAUGUUUAUAUUUUAUAUGAUCUUACGUUAUAUAUAUAUAUACAUACAUAUACUUAAUAGGUAGUUAACUAUUUAGU